UGAUGACAGCGACGACGACGACGACGGCGGUGGCGGCGACGACGACGGCGACGACGACGACGACGACGAGACGAUAGAAACAAGAGUAACAGAAUGGGUCAAGUCUUUCGAUAGUUCGACCAGUAAAGUACGUAUGUGCGUCAACAGUGGUGACCGUGCGUUCGUGCAUUGGCGUCUGGGCAGCGGAUGCGGCGUUGGCAACUAAUUACUCAUAUGCCGCCUUGAUCAGCUACACUACCACGUAAUGAACCAGCUAGCUAACUAGGGUCGUGUGCGUUAGAUUAUAUUGUACAGUAACUACGUACGGGAGUUUAUCCCAUCGCAGUCCUACAGACCUCAUCCCCUCGGCAGAGCUUAGCAGCUGAGCCGCCUCUUUAAUGUUACAGCAGAAAACGCCGGACGCUAAUGUUGGUCAGUGCAACGGAAGACCAACGAGCUCAUCGUGGUGAGUGAAUGAGUGUGUGAAUGAAUGACAUCUGUCGGUCUACUAACGAAUAGUCGCAUAUAGGACAAAAACCUUCAACAGAGGGCCCUCGAAGGGCGUCUUGUCGUCGUUCCGAAGUUAAGGUGGUGGCGUGUCGGCGUUAAUGGGAGCGCGCCAGUAAGGGCGUCGCGGGCAGAAGUGAGGGUGGCGGCCAGAAACAAUCAUCCGCCUCCGGACGACGGAGGGCUAAACGACGACGGCCCGAGUCUACCUAAACGAGCCCGUCGGCAUCGGACCAACAAUAGUAGUACAAGCACACAGCAGCAAAACGCGGGCUUCCUACUUUCUAGACAGGGCUCUCGUCGAACACCAAGGCAGAACGCGAUAGCCGCAGACAACGGAGGUGAUAACGAACAGCCGAGUAGAUCGGUAACCACUCGAGCAGCAGCAGGUAGCCAGCUCAACUCCUCUUUGACCUUAACGCAAGAUAUAACAGCUUCCGUGGUAGCAGUGGAAACAAGAAUAUUAACAACGAAUAUCCAUAAUAGUAAUAGUGCUGGCGGGUCAACAAGUAGCGCGGCUAUGCAGCAUAACGGCAACAACUCAGGCCCCGCGCAUCAGCGCCCCGCUGCACUCACGCCCAAUACGAACGGGCACGUCAAUUCGGGUUUAGUGCCGGCGACUAACGGAAAUGUCGUCGUUACCACCAUGAAUGGUCAAGGACCAUCGUCGAAUGGCAAUGUGGCCUUGGCAGAAUUUGAACCCCCGUCCGCGCCGCUCAGUCCCCUCGACCCACGCAACCCUCGGAGUGCCAUCGAACGAGACAUAAUCAAGCUGAUUGGUCAGCAUCUACGCAGCCUCGGCUUACACCGUACAGUAUCGACCUUGCAGGAAGAAUCUGGCUGCUCGUAUGAUCACCAUCUCGCUGUUAAACUUCAGCGUCACGUAAUGGAUGGAAAGUUGGAUCAAGCUAUUGACGAUCUAUCCGACCUGGAACAUUUACUUGUCGGGUCGAAUGCAAGUAAGAAAAUGCGCUUCCUUCUACUUGAGGAGAAAUUUCUAGAAUUUCUCGUACAAAACAAAACCAUGGACGCUCUAGCGUGUCUUCGCACCGAGCUGAGUCCUCUGAAGCACAACAUAGAAAGGGUUCAUCAACUAUCUAGUUAUCUAAUGAUGUCUCCGGAUAAUCCCGAACUUCUCCUCCAUCGUUCAAAUGUGACGGAGGCUCGGGACCUUCUUAUGGAACGAUUGCAACGAUUUCUUCCUGCCAGCAUUAUGCUGCCACCGAGACGAUUACGUUCUCUACUUGCCAAAGCCCAAGCGUAUCAGGUGGAACGAUGCGAACUGCACAAUAAGGUCGAUCAACCUAUCCGUGGUAUGGCUCCGCUUACGAACGACGACGGAGUUCGAGAUCUACAAAUGCUUGAAGGAAUUUCCCUUCUUAGCGAUCAUACCUGCGUUAAAGACGAUUUCCCUUGUCACACUCAGCAGAUUCUCACUGAUCACUCCGACGAAAUUUGGGUGUGUGUGUGGAGUCACGACGGUCUUCGGUUGGCCACAGGUUCAAAGGACUCCUACGUGAUAAUAUGGCAAAUGAACCCCCAAACGCGCGAACUAAGUCGGCAGAUGAGCCUGGACGGUCAUACAUUCGGAGUCAGCUGCAUCGCUUGGAGCCCUGAUGAUUCCAUGUUGCUUGUUUGUGGUUUUCAAGGCUCCGCGGAUUUGUGGAUUUGGAAUACAAUUUCGGGAGAACUUCGUUGCAAGAUGAGUCAUUCAGCUGAAGACAGUCUGACCACAUGCGCGUGGCAAGCUGGCGGAACCAAAUUUGUUUGUGGGGGCACCAAAGGACAGUUUUAUCAAUGUGAUAUUUCGGGACAAGUGCUUGAUCACUGGGAGGGGGUGCGACUCCAAGGUCUUCAGUGUCUCAGCGAUGGACGAACCGUUCUUGGCGCUGAUAGCCAUAACCGUAUUAAGGGCUAUAAUUUUGACUACAUGCAAGAUGAGCACAUAGUGGUAGAAGAUCACUCGAUUAUGUCGUUCUCGGUGGACAAAACUGAUCGAUUUGCCUUGAUAAAUCUUUCGCACCAAGGCAUACAUCUAUGGGACAUUCGUGACAAGACUCUACUCAUGAAAUUCCGCGGCAUGAGUCAGGGGUAUUUCACCAUUAAUUCGUGCUUCGGUGGUGUUGAUGAGAAAUUCAUCGCAUCCGGCAGUGAAGACAGUAACGUGUACAUCUUCAAUCGUUGCAAGGAAACACCGAUUGCCACCCUUGAAGGUCACACAUGCACCGUGAAUUGUGUUGCAUGGAACCCUCAAUUUACCGAUAUCCUUGCAUCUGUAUCGGACGACGCCACUGUACGUAUCUGGGGGCCUCUUGACCCGUCCAGGCAGCCCCCGGCGCCAUCAACGCAAGUGCCACACGGCCCUGUUCACGAUGGCAUUUCCGGAACGCGAGACAGUUCCCCUCGGCCUGACAGGGACUCUUCGCACGCCGGUGGCCCAGCCGGACAAGGUACCGAGAAAAAGGUCUUCUACACGAGCCUCAUAACAAGUAAUCGUUAAUGCGAGCUGGCUUCCAUGAAAAUUUUCACCGGUUUCAGGUUUCGUAUCAGACGUGUAUUACACCGAGUGUAAUCCUAAGGCAAGCUUUGUUUACUAUUUUCGAGCGCCAGGCAUAGAGAUCAGGUGAAUCUACCUGAUCAUAUAUAAUAAUCCUAGAUGCUUACCUGUCUUUGACAUCAUUCAGUAACCGCGCAUGACGUUAGCUAACUGUCUGUAAAAGGAACGCCUCCAAACCGUUCGCUAAAACCCUUAACACCUAGAGAUUAUCUUCAAGUCUUUCUGGACUACUGAAUUACGCCGUAGAGGUUGUCAAUAUACCACUCUUUUAGUCGAAGAUUUUUCACAAAAAUGAGCCGAGUCCGAAGCGGUCCAGCUAACUGCCUACGACCACAUGGAGCCACUCGUUGGCGGCCACUUAUUUAUUCAGGCUGCGUUCUUUUGUAUUCGGAAUGCCAGUACCUUGCUCGUAUGACGCUAAAGAGCGGGGAAUUGAAAGCGUGCUAACAAAUGUGGAUAUUCUGUUGCGGUGAAUAUCGACACAUGGCCUGUUCUAUGUGUACUUAUCGGGUUUAAACAAAAACAUUUACGAUUUAUUUACAUAGCCCAUAGAUUUACAUACAGCAUUAUUACAUCUAUCUAAGAUAAUAUAUCUUGUGAAAAAAUACUGGUAAGACAGGAACGUCUACUGCAUCUUAACCUGACCUAACCUAACCUAACCAUAUGCAAGUCUUUUUAUGUUGUUGCAUCGAAAAAUAUUGAGCUCAUCAUUCAAGUGUUUUGCAAAUUAAAUAAUACAAUCCAUUGAAGAAAAUUAUAAUAACAUUUCAAUUGCUGGCGGCACCGAUUUGUUGGCUGAGUAAAGAUUGAGCAAGAAAGCAAUAAGCAACCGAUAAGAACUACCCUAACAAUUUACCCAAAGCAAUUCAGUAGAAUAUCAAGUGAUUACGAUGAUCCUGUCCAUUGAUCAUUCUAACUAAUAGCUGUCAUGUUUCUUUGUUCGUGUU